UUACCGAAUUAAUUUAAUUAAUUCUAUUUAAUAGACAGGUAAGUUACAAAAUCCAUCUCUUUCCGUUACAACUUCUCAUUGUUCAUCCUAUCUUCUUCGAUUCUUAAUGCAGCUUUUCUCUUCUAGUUCUCGGCUUGUUCACAUAUAAUUAUCGCGCCAACAUAUUGUGGUUUGGGAGUUUGAAUCAACUAGAUAAGUUUUUGCUGUUUGUGCUGAAACUAAUUUAAAGUUACAGUUGUGGGAUGGCCGAGAAAUCAUGUGUUAAGCGACUUCAGAAGGAAUACAGAGCACUAUGUAAAGAGCCAGUUCCCCAUGUUGUUGCCCGUCCUUCCCCAAGUGACAUCCUCGAGUGGCAUUAUGUGCUAGAGGGAAGUGAAGGAACUCCUUUUGCAGGUGGAUAUUAUUAUGGAAAGAUCAAGUUUCCUCCAGAGUAUCCCUACAAGCCUCCUGGAAUCACUAUGAUAACUCCCAGUGGACGCUUCUUGACUCAAAAGAAAAUCUGCCUGUCUAUGAGCGAUUUUCAUCCAGAGAGUUGGAACCCAAUGUGGUCUGCAUCAAGCAUACUUACAGGGCUUCUUUCCUUCAUGAUGGACAACAGUCCUACCACGGGCAGUGUGAACAGUACUGUUGCUGAGAAGCAGCGCCUGGCAAAGGCUUCUCUUGCUUUCAAUUGUAAGAAUCCAACAUUUAGGAAGUUGUUCCCUGAAUAUGUGGAGAAGUACAACCAGCAGCAGCAAUCUGAGCAAAUUAUCACAGAGCAGGCAUCAACAGAGGCAUCACAGGAGGAGAAAUCCAGACCUAAAUUGGAAAAACUCGAUAAUUUUUCGGGAGAAGAUGUGAAAAGAGUAGAUACACUGAAAGGCCCGAGAGGAAACAGGAAGCAGACUUUCCCAACAUGGGUGAUGUUAUUGCUGGUUUCGAUCUUUGGCAUUGUAAUGGCAUUGCCUCUGCUCCAACUUUGAUAUGCAGACUGCGAAAUGGAAAUUUUAGUAUGGUUAGCAGACUUAUGAGCUUUUGCCAGUUGAACUUUUUCCCAUAAUAGUCCUUAGGUUUGCCCUGUAUUUAGCAGAACUUGUAUAGAGGUUGAUGCUCAAAGAGAGGCUCUGUUGGGUCUUUUUAUGUUAUUGUUGGCAGUUGGUUAGUUAAUGCCUAAAAAAGUUACAUGUUUUGUGCCUUUAUUUUCUAAAUCUAGUAGAGAUUAAUGUGGUACUGUAGGUUGUGCUUUUCCUUCUGUUGGGCCACUGAUUUAUCUUGUGCCUUAAAAAGAAAUGAUAAUGGGGGAACAAUCCGUCUGCAUUGACA